AUGUCUUCAUUCCAUCCUAUAAACCCCAAGCCGUUCCUCAAGACGCUCAUCAAUAAGCAAGUCGUAGUGAGGUUGAAAUGGAACAAAACAGAGUACAGAGGGAUCCUUGUAUCGAUCGAUAACUACAUGAAUCUUCAGUUGGAACAGACCACUGAGAUAUCUGAAGGAGUAGAAGAAGAGAUUGGAGAAAUUUUCAUCAGAUGCAACAAUGUAUUAUUUGUGCGAGAUGCAAUAGUGAAGAAAGGCGAUGCUGAGGAAAAUGGAGACAACAACGGUGUGGAUAAGGAGGUAGCAAUGAAUGAAUAA